AUGUCCCACCACCUCUUCCUGCUUUCACCCUCGGAUACGCCCCUCUACUCGCUUACGCAUCUGUCCAAGAAGCCCGCGCAAGCCGUGUCCUCGCCGCUGUCCGCGAACCUCCCGAACUGGUCUACCUCCGCCUUUGCGGGGACCUUGACCGCGCUCUCCGGCGCGUCGAACGUGACACAGACGCAGACUCAAGGAGGGGGGUCCAGCGUGAAGAUCGGCGCGGGACAGGAUCGACAUGUGAUACAGAUGAUCGCGAACGCGAGCUUGGAUGUGAUCGAGGAGGUGGUCCGGAAAGAACCUGCGAUGUAUCUAAAGUCGGUAGAUAAGUUCAAUGAAUGGACAGUGUCCGCGUUCGUGACACCCGGAAAUAUGAAGUUCAUCCUCCUGCACGAGGCGAAGAACGACGACGGGAUCAAGGCGUUCUUCACCGAGGUCUGGGAGCUGUAUGUCAAGACGAUGUUGAAUCCGUUCCAGACGGCGCACACGGUGAUCCGGAGCCCGGUGUUCGACGCGCGGGUGCGGGCGAGUGCGCACAAGCACCUGUGA